GGGGGACGAUGUGGUAGUGCAUUAAGCAAUGCUUGUUUAUCUGGUAAUACAGCUUUGGUAAGUCUGCUGCUGGAUCGAGGUGUUCAUCCGAAUGCCAAGGAGAAACUGUAUGGCAGUGCACUCCAAAUUCUUUGUGCUACUGCUUCCCCCAUCGACCUGAAGACAGUACAGUUGCUACUGGACAGAGGUGCUGAUGUGGAUCUUCGAGGUGGAAAGUUCGGAACUGCACUCUGCGAAGCCGCAUCAAACAACGAAUUGGGGAUUUCCGACCUUGUACAGCUACUCUUGGACAACGGUGCUGACGUUAAUGUUCGAGGUGGGAGUUACGGCAAUGCUCUCUGCGCUGCUGUGUACAACAAAAAUGUCGAGUCAGUGCACAUGCUCCUCGAUAGGGGAGCCCGUAUUGACAUGCGAGGCGGAAAGUACGGCAACGCUCUCCAAAUCGCU